AUGGAUAACUUUGAUGAAACAGAAGAGGCUGUUGUCUUAUCAUUAUCCGGACGAAAAAAGAAGAGAAAACCUGACGAGUACACCCUCGCCCCAAGCAGUGGUAAUAAACCUCCGGCUCCGACCCCGCGUAAAGAGGAGCGGGAGUGUUUUUACUGUCACAAAAAAGGACACGUAACUGCCAACUGCUUGGCGUUAAAACGCAAGGAGCAGCCACCGUCUCCGGGUGCUCGCCAGCCAAAAGGUGUCGGCUUAAUUAAUUCGUUAUCAGAUAAGGGGUGUACAGACCCAUGCGCCGACGACAGCUUCGAUCCGUGUUUCAAACCUUUCAUUCAUGAUGGUCUGGUGUCCCUCACUGACGCGCCGGGGGAUCAGCAGCCUGUGCGGUUCCUGCGCGACACCGGGGGCUCUCAGUCUAUCAUUCUGGCCAGUGCACUGCCGUUCUCAGACCAGUCAGCUUGUGGUUGCAGUACGGUACUUCGGGGCAUUGAAAUGGGCUACAUUCCACGGCCCCUGCAUCGUGUGCACAUCCAAUCCAAAUUAGUGACCGGAUUUUUCCCCGUAGCAGUCUGCCCGGCUCUGCCCAUUCGCGCAAAAGCCUUUGCUGAGGACACUGAGUUCAAAACUCCCGUGAUAGUUCCCAGCGCUAAACCUGUAGCUGAGAAGGCUCCGAGCGCCGCACCGCCUUCUCAUGAGUUUCGGUUGCCUGUAACUCGGGAGAAGCUCAUCGCUGCUCAGAAAACGGACAAGAGUCUACAGAGUUGUUUUGCUGUGGUGACCUUCUCAAGUGAAGGAAAAAUCUUUGAUCAAGUGAAGAAAGACCUGGCCUCCCUCUCCAUACCGGAGCUGUGCUUCGGGAUUAUCCACCCGGCUAAACUCCUGGUUACCUUCCAGGGAAAACGCCACAUCUUUGACACGCCCGGAGCAGCAGAGAAGUUUGUACAGGGACUACAGCCGGGAGCCUGUGGUGAUGUGCUUUGUGGCAGUUGCAAAUAUACAGGAAGUCUUUUUCAUAUUGUGUCUGUUUCUUUUUUCCAGAAUAAAGAAAGAGAGCGCAUGAGGGAGCGAGAGAAGGCAGCAAGGGAGAGGGAGGCACGGUACAGCAAUGGUCACCUCUUCACCUCACUGACAGUGUCAGGAACCACACUCUGUUCAGCAUGCAACAAGAGUAUUACUGCCAAGGAGGCACUGAGCUGUCCGACAUGCAGUGUCACUAUUCACAACCGCUGUCGAGACACUUUGCCAAACUGCACCAAAAUGAAACAGAGGCAGCAGAAGACAGCCAUCAUGCGGAACAACUCAGCCUUGCAGAAUGUCACGCUGCGCACAAAAACUCCAGGAAUGCGUGAGCGUCCAAGUUCAGCUAUCUACCCCUCUGACAGCUUCCGACAAACCCUGCUGGGAUCCCGCCGAGGUCGCUCCAGUCUAUCCCUGUCUAAGAGUGUCUCCACCAACAACAUCGCAGGGACCCUGAAUGACGACUCACCCCUGGGUCUGCGUAGGAUUCUGUCCCAGUCCACAGACUCCCUCAGCUUCAGGAACAGAGCUAUGUCAAUGGAGUCUCUCAAUGAUGAUGGAGACAUCUACUAUACUUCAGUAUUGGAGGAGCUGGAGCUCGAGAGCCGGGACUUUAAGGCUGACUCAUGGAGCAUGGCUGUGGACAGCAGUUACUUGCAGACACACCGCAAAAACGUCAUCAAGAGGCAGGAUGUCAUCUAUGAGCUGAUUCAGACAGAGCUGCACCACAUGAGAACGCUGCAAAUCAUGGAAAGGGUGUUUCGGCAGGGCAUGCUCGAGGAGCUCCAGCUGGACCUGUGCACCGUGCAUGCCAUGUUCCCCUGCCUGGACCAACUGAUCAGAAUACAUUCCCAUUUCCUGGCACAACUUUUCCUGAGGCACAACAGCAGCCUGCAGCCUGGAUCCAGUCGCAACUUCACCAUUCACCAGCUGGGGGACAUACUACUAGAGCAGUUCUCAGGUCAGUGUGCAGAUGACAUGCGGAAGACCUAUGCUGAGUUCUGUAGCCGUCACUUGAAGGCUGUCAAAUUGUACAAGGAACUGCUGGCCAGAGACAAGAAGUUUCAGUGCUUCAUACGGCGGGUGAGUCGUGGACCCUUGCUACGUUGCCAUGGUGUUCAGGAGUGCAUCUUGUUGGUGACGCAGCGGAUCUCCAAGUAUCCUGUCCUUGUUCAGCGCAUUCUGGACAACACUGAUGAUGAAGAAGAAGCCUCAUCUCUAGCCCAGGCUCUCUCCAUGGUCAGAGAACUUCUAAGUUCAAUAGACCAACAGAUGGAGGACCUGGAGAAAACACAGCGUCUACAAGAGAUCCAGGCCAAACUGGACCUGCGGGCUGAGGCCAGAGUUAGGGAUGGUGGACUUUUCAAGCCUGGAGAGUUGCUCCGCCGGAGACUUGUCCAUGAAGGGACCCUUUUCUGGAAAACCCCAGGAUCCCGGCUCAAAGAUAUACAGGUCUUAUUGAUGACAGACAUCCUGGUGUUUCUGCAGGAGAAAGACCAGAGAUACAUAUUUCCAUGUCUGGACAAACCUCCAGUACUGUCCCUUCAGAACCUUAUAGUGAGGGAUAUAGCCAACCAGGAGCGAGGCAUGUUCCUCAUUAGCGACUCCUCUCCUCCUGAGAUGUAUGAGUUCCAUGCUGCUUCCAAAGAGGACAAGAACAUCUGGAUACGCCACAUCCAGCACACCGUCAGCAAGUGCCCAUCAAGAGAGGAGUUCCCCCUCAUUGAGACUGAACACAAAGCCCAUCUAAGGAGACUCAAAGCUGACCUCCAGCAGAAGGACCGGGAAAUGCUGGAGCUCCUGCAGGAGAGGGUGACUCUAUUCUGUGAGCUGGCAGAGGUGACAAGUGGGCAGGAGGGCCUGCAACCUCCCAUCACUCGUUACUUGUUCAGGGCAGACACACCCCAAGCUCCCCGUGCAGAGAAACUCCUGCUGGAUGCCACAGCUGAGGUUGACAGGUUGAGUGAGCUCCUCCUGGGUUCCAGCGUGGACAUCCCUCUUCCAUGUCAUCACAACCACACGGAGGUGGUAGAAACCAGUGAUCAGGAUCUGUUGGUCAAUGGAGCCCAUAUUUUCUUUGCAGUAAAGGAUUGCAUGAGGAAUCAAGACAAGCCACCGCUCACGAAGAUCUAUCAGAGGCUGGUGAAUCUCAGUGUUUAUCUCCAUGCACUCCAGGGUGCUGUCAUCAAACAAGACUCCAUCUUGGAGCUGCUGCUGCAGCCACAGGAUACCGUAGGACCAGCUGCUGGAGGAGUAUGGCGCCCUCUCUGGCGAGAUGGUGGAAAUCGGGAGGCCAGUGCAGGAUCAACCAUUGGGGAGCUGGCUCUUUUGCAGAGACAACACAGCCUGCUGCAGGAGGAGCUGCUGAGGCUGCGGGAUGCAGAGAGCCGGUUCAAGGACAGUGAAAGAGCACGGGCAAAGCUGGAGAGGCAGUUCCGGCACAUGAAGGUCUGCAGCGGGGCUGCACUUGCCUCCCAACAUCUGGAGGAGCAAGCUUCUCAACCUGCAUCUCUGCAGCAAGGAAGAGAUGUCUCAACUGGAGUUGAUACCCUAUGGGCCAGCCAGUUACUGGCACACCAAUCAGAUGGCCUCCAGGAUGGCAGUGAUUUGGAGGUAGACAUGACGUCAGAUGAUGAUGAUGGGACGGUUUCUGAAAGCUCCAAAGAUCUUCAAGGUAUUCCAGAGGUGAUCUGAUCCCCGGCAAGUUACACUUUGCUAAUAAGCUUUAAAAACUAUAGUUGAUUAUAAUAUAAACUGAUCAACUCCAACAAAGCGCAUGUCUACCUUUUCUGCUAGUCUUAAUGUUUAUUUAGCUGCUUGUCUGUGGAGUAGAUGGCUUGUGACUUGUGAGUUGUUUUAUUUUAUUUUUUGUUAUGCUUUGGAUCGGGUGUGAAAUACUGAAAUAAUUAUUAGUACUUAGUUUAUGUAUUAAAAAAAACAACAAUAAUACAAAAAGCUCUGCAAAAAAAUACUUUUUAAAAAUCAGAUUUGCAUCUUUUAUAGGUAAUUUAGGUGUCUUGAUCAUGUUUGACAGACUCCAGUCCUUCCCUGUUGACUGUUGGACAGCAUUAACCAUAGCCUUGAUAUGGCAGUCAAAGUCACACUGCUACUUUUGAAUAUUCUUAAAAGCUAAAAAUGAUGCUCCUUAAAACGAGAAAAAAAAAAAUUCUAUCCAAUGCCACCAUUAAGAUUAGUAAGCCACAACCCAUUCUGAAAUACCAUAAAAAUACAUAACAAGCACAAUCUAAAUCAAUCAAAGCUUAUCAUAUAAGGUUUUGUCUUUGCCAGGUCUUACAGUAGAAGUUGAAACUAUUAAAAAUAACAGCUGUGUCAGUCCUUUGUUUAAGAUUCCUAAGUUUUUGGUCCAAGACUCACUCAUUGAACAUUUUACACUAAACAAUACAACCACUGCUUAAAGACAGAGUGUGUAGGAAUUUCUCCCAUCUAACGUUGAAAUCAUAUAUUGCAUUCAAACGGAUAGCGCACUCUAGCGCCUCACUGUUUCAAACGCAUAUUGCAACAACGGUAGCCGCUGUGUACCAAAAAGCUAUGAUAACAUUGAUGAAACCAUGUCAUCCGAUACUUCAUGGAGUAUUCAUUCAGGCUCCUACACAGACACACGUGACGCGAGUUGACAAACCCCCUCCUCACCAUGCUGGCUGUGUUUACAAUGCAGGAUUGUUGGGGCAGGUGUAAAUCGAAACAAACCAGUCACAUCAUGUCUUUUGACAACUGACAAGUGGUUCAACCUCACACACCUCAUCCCUCUCUUCACAUCACUGCGCCGCUAUUACUACUGCAGCAUAACAAAGUCCCACUCUUUGAGAAUAAUGCAGGAUCAUGCAUAUGCAGCAUCACGGGAGACGGAAUCCUCGUCACCAAGAAAGCGCAAAAGGGAAUCAAAAAGGCAACAUGACCGGCGAAUUCAAAAAACGAGGGUCAACAUCGGGGUAGCCUUUCCCAGGUGGAGAGGGCUGCUGAAGGAGAAAGGUAAUGCAAUCACAGGCCAGCACCGCUGUUAGCUGUUAGCUGGUUUGUGUUAUGCCAUGUCCAUUAUUUGUAUUUGUAGCACCCCCUUAGGGGUUUCUUUAAAGGGGCAAUAAGCGAUAUCGUUUCACCGCUAGGUUCGCUGUUGUGCACUGCCUGUAGAGCAAAACAAAGUGUGUCAUGAGCCACUCCUCCCUCUACCUCUGGUCUCCAAGGGAGACGAAAUAAAACCUAAACAGCCAGCUUAGUUUAGCAGUUAGCAAUGUCUUUCACUCACUCUCGGUCUCUGCUGUGUUUAGCUAUUUCACUGCUUUCCUGUUAGUGUUAGCACUACUCGGCUACCACGCUAACGCUCCAACUCCAACUGAGCCGGGAGCCGGGCUCACAGUCUCACGGAGAAGAGUUGGAACGUUAGCAUGGCAGCCCAUUAGUGCUAACGUCCCCACGCUUCUCCGCCUGGGACCAAGCCGCUAAUAACUCGAGCUCCGGACAUUAACCCAUGCUACGAUUGUAACAUUAAAUGUAAUUGAAUCGACAUAGCGACAUGUGC